CGUACGGAUUCGACCGACAAGGUGGCAGCGCCUACGAGAAAGCUGCGAUAUAGGCGCUGUUGUGUUUCAUGCGAUCCUACGGACUCGAUCACCUUACGGACUCGGUAGUCAAGAUGGCGGCGCCUGAGAGCCAUUCAGGGCUCUAGGGCGGCGCACAACUUAUUUGCCGCAGAGUCGCCGACGGAGCUGCGUGAUAGAGUACGGUGCCCGAUUGGCGCGACCAGAAGCGGAAGUGGUUGUAGUCGUAUCUGCAACCGCCGCGACGCCGUGGGGUGGUUUGUGCAGGUUCUCUGGUGGCUGGCCGAGGUUGCGAGCGGGUACGUGGGAACUGGCUAUAUGGUGCUGUUGAGUCGGUUUCGACUCAUAGCGACCGUAUGUACAACAGAAUGAAACACUGCUGGGUUCAUAAGGACCAUAGUGGAGAGAUUUAUGGAGAGCCGUAAUGGAGGGGGACGGUUCAGACCCAGAGCCACCAGAUGCUGGGGAGGACAGCAAGUCGGAGAAUGGGGAGAAUGCACCCAUCUACUGCAUCUGCCGCAAGCCAGACAUCAACUGCUUCAUGAUUGGGUGUGACAACUGCAAUGAGUGGUUCCAUGGGGACUGCAUCCGGAUCACUGAGAAGAUGGCCAAGGCCAUCCGGGAGUGGUACUGUCGGGAGUGCCGAGAGAAGGACCCCAAGCUGGAGAUCCGCUACCGGCACAAGAAGUCACGGGAGCGGGAUGGCAGUGAGCGGGACAGCAGUGAGCCCCGGGAUGAGGGUGGAGGGCGCAAGAGGCCUGCCCCAGAUCCAGACCUGCAGCGCCGGGUGGGGUCUGGGACAGGGGUCGGGACCAUACUUGCUCGGGGCUCUGCUUCACCCCACAAAGCCUCUCCACAGCCCUUGGUGCCCACAUCCAGCCAGCAUCACCAGCAACAGCAGCAGCAGAUCAAACGGUCAGCCCGCAUGUGCGGUGAGUGCGAGGCAUGCCGGCGUACUGAGGACUGUGGCCACUGUGACUUCUGCCGGGACAUGAAGAAGUUUGGAGGCCCCAACAAGAUCCGGCAGAAGUGCCGGCUACGCCAGUGCCAACUUCGGGCCCGGGAAUCGUACAAGUACUUCCCUUCCUCGCUCUCGCCGGUGACGCCCUCAGAGCCCCUUCCAAGGCCCCGCCGGCCAUUGCCUACCCAGCAGCAGCCACAGCCAUCACAGAAGCUGGGGCGCAUCCGUGAGGACGAGGGGGCUGUGGUGUCGUCAGCAGUCAAGGAGCCACCUGAGGCUACCGCCACCCCUGAGCCACUCUCAGAUGAGGACCUACCACUGGACCCAGACCUGUACCAGGACUUCUGCGCGGGGGCCUUUGAUGACCACGGUCUGCCCUGGAUGAGUGACACAGAGGAGUCUCCAUUCCUGGAUCCUGCGCUGCGGAAGAGAGCAGUGAAAGUGAAGCAUGUAAAGCGCCGGGAGAAGAAGUCUGAGAAGAAGAAGGAGGAGAGAUACAAGCGACAUCGACAAAAACAGAAGCACAAAGACAAAUGGAAACACCCAGAGCGGACUGAUGCCAAGGACCCCGCAUCUCUACCGCAGUGCCUGGGGCCUGGUUGUGUGCGACCUGCACAGCCCGGCUCCAAGUAUUGCUCAGAUGACUGUGGCAUGAAGUUGGCAGCCAACCGCAUCUACGAGAUCCUCCCCCAGCGCAUCCAGCAGUGGCAGCAGAGCCCUUGCAUUGCUGAGGAGCAUGGCAAGAAGCUGCUUGAACGCAUUCGCCGUGAGCAGCAGAGUGCCCGCACCCGCCUUCAGGAAAUGGAACGCCGAUUCCACGAGCUCGAGGCCAUCAUUCUGCGGGCCAAGCAGCAGGCUGUGCGCGAGGAUGAGGAGAGCAAUGAGGGUGACAGUGAUGACACGGACCUGCAGAUCUUCUGUGUCUCCUGUGGGCACCCCAUCAACCCACGUGUUGCCUUGCGCCACAUGGAACGCUGCUAUGCCAAGUAUGAGAGCCAGACGUCCUUUGGGUCCAUGUACCCUACACGCAUCGAGGGGGCCACUCGGCUCUUCUGUGAUGUCUACAAUCCUCAGAGCAAGACAUACUGUAAACGACUCCAGGUGCUAUGUCCAGAGCACUCACGGGACCCCAAAGUGCCAGCUGAUGAAGUAUGCGGGUGCCCCCUUGUGCGUGAUGUGUUUGAGCUCACAGGCGACUUCUGCCGUCUGCCCAAGCGCCAGUGCAACCGCCAUUACUGCUGGGAGAAGUUGCGGCGUGCUGAAGUGGACCUAGAGCGUGUGCGUGUGUGGUACAAGCUAGAUGAGCUGUUUGAGCAGGAGCGCAAUGUACGCACAGCCAUGACAAACCGGGCAGGGUUACUGGCCCUGAUGCUGCACCAAACAAUCCAGCAUGACCCACUCACGACCGACCUUCGAUCCAUUGCUGACCGCUGAGCCUCACCUGCCUAGGCUUCUUCACACCCUGCAUUCCAGGUGGGGGAGCUGCCCUGAAUCAUCCAUGUGUCUGUUCCUCCAUUCAGCUGUUUCUCCAAGGUCCCCGAGUUUCGCUCUGUGCCCAUCUACCAUUUGACUACCCAUUGGAGGGUCUCAGAAUUUCCUCAUCCUUAUCUAUUCCUCUGUCUCUUCAUCCUCCGUGCCUGGGUGAGACCAUAGAGUAAGGCGUUGUCUCCCUCUCCCUGGGUUUUGUUAAUAAAAUUUGGAAAAAACGAGGACAAUUCCCGAUGGCCUCCAAACUUGUCUUUCUGGCUGCAUCUGUACCCCCAACCCCCUGGGGAAGCUGGGCAGUGGCACACUUGUACUUGGGAGGGGCUGCAGUAGCAUGGGUAGGGAGCGGGUAUGCAGUCGGCACCUACUGUGUACUGUGUAGGACUUCCAUGGGCUGUGGGGAUGUGACCUGAUGAGGGAGAGCCCAAGGUUCUUAGCUUCUCAUUUUGGGACAGUGGGUAUACAGUUAACACUCAUUCAGUGUGUGGCUGAUUUACUACUUCUGUGUGAGCGUUAAUAUUCGCCAGACCGGCGGUGUAUUUAGUAACGGACACAAGCCUCUCUUCUUUUUGGGG